AUGCCGCGAGGCGCCGGAUCUAACAGGCUUACGAGAGGAGCGGAAGAGCCGAUUCACCCCCAAACAGCACUGAAAAUUCUUCAGCAACAGCUGGAAUCCUUUAAGGCUCUUCGGCAACAGAUUCUGGAGAAUGUUAACAUGGUUCAGUCUGAAAUUAGUGAGAUACUAAAUAAAAAUAUAAUUGAAAUGAAAACUCCACUGUGUAGCUCAGACAAGAUACUGAUGAUUAGCACAACAAAUGAUGCAUCUCUGUCUGCAGAAAAUCCUGAAUCACCAUCGUCUAAGAAAAAAGUUCAUCAUGAGCAACAACCCUGUACUGAGGAGCAUGUGGAAGCAAAUUCCAAUACUGGAAAUACGGUCAGUGAUAUAAAAAUUUCACAUAGUAUUUCACUGAAAACCAUAGCAACCGGAAAGGUAGAAAAUUCAGAAGAUCUAAUGGGAAACACAACGAUAUUUGCACUAAAAAAUGAAUAUAAAUGCCAUUUGCUACCUGGCGCUGAAUUGGAGACAGAAAGUCUGAAUGCUGCCCAUGAAAAGGUAAUUUGGAAUGAAUCUAAACUGUCCAUACUUUCUCCCAAAUACAGCAAAGAAUUUUAUGCAACAGACAACAUUGACUAUCCUAACAAGUCAUUGAAACAAGAAUUUCAGAAGUCAGUCAGUAAUGAUUCUGAUUUGUUAGAACAUAAUACAGAAAAAUCUGUGUUUGUAUGCAGAGAAAAAUUAAAUGACAUAAAAUCGAAAGAAAGUACAGAAACUGCAGGCUCUUUAGAUGGAUCACAUAUUGUCUCAGUUUCACUUAAAGAAAGGCACCUACAUUUUGGUCAAGAAUUUUAUAAAGACUCCAAAUGUGUCAACACGUGGAGUUCUUCUAUAACAGUAUGCAAUGAACAAGCAGAAUCUGAAAGCAAAAAUGUACAUAAAGAAUUCAGAAGCAAUUACAGUGAAGGUGACAGUUUCCAGGUUAAUUUUUUUUCCAAAAUGGUGAAAGAUGAGUUAAUAAUGCUUGAUCAUAAAGAGCAUCUAGAAAAAGAACAACAACUGAAUAUUUUAAAUCAAACAUUACUGAGGCUUGAAAAUCAGAAAUUCAAUGAAAUCAAAGUAGCCUGUGAAUAUGAUGAGAAAACUGAAGUCUUGCAGAAGUCCCUGAAAAAUUCUGAGCAUUUGCAAAACAGAGUUCAUGAUCUUGAGAAUGAAAAUCUUAUUCUUAAGAACAAAGUGGAACCUCUUAAUAUUACCAUACCGUCUUCGAAAGGAAAAAUAUCAACAUACAAUAAGGAAAUUCAGGAUUUAGCUGAAGAAAAGAAAAGGAUGCAAAGCCAGUUAAUUAAAUCAGAAGAAGACAGUAAGGAAUGUAUUAAGGAAGUAAAGAAGUUGUUAAGAAAAUGCAAAGAGCUCCAGAAUCAGAAAAAAAUUCUUGAGGAAGAGAGCAGUCAACUCUAUAACGGAAGCCAAUAUACAAUACAGGCACUACAUGGUUUUCAAGUUAAAAACCAGAAAGUAGAAGAAGACAUGACUGUUGUUACCUGUGAAAUAGAAACGCUCAAUGCAAUGCUAGAGUCUUUGCAAAAGGAAUGUUCCAUGUUACAAGAAGCAAAUAAAAAACUUGAGAUAGACACAUCCCAGCUUAUGAAAGAAAAGAAUUCCCUAGAGGGAGAGCUUGAAAGAAGUCAAAGUGAAAUACAGCAAAUGAAAGAAAAAGAAACUGCAACAAAAUCCGAACUGAAGACCCUUCUUCAGUUAAUGCAGACACUAGAAGACAAAAAACUUAACCUUGAAACGACCCUGCAGGAAUGUUCUAAUACUAAACAGAUGCUGCAGAAGGACUUUGAGAAAGUCCAGUCAGAUAAAGCUCAUAUGGAAAAGAAACUCAUGACUGAACUCAGAAAUGCAAAAGCAGAUAUUGAUCUUUUAAAAUCUAAUUUGACCAACAUGGACAGAGAACGUGAGAGGUUAUCAAUGGCAAUAACUAACAUCACAGAGGAAAAUCAGUUACUUAAGAAAGAGCUUCAGGAAUACAGACAAGGAGCCUCCAAAUAUGAAAGUGACAUUAGAAAACUGACUGAAGAACGCUUGCUAUUAGAAAAUCAUCUGCGGACUGUUGAAAAUGAGAGAGAUGUAUUACAGUUUGAAUUCCGCCAUCUGCAUAAGGACUAUGCUUAUCUCCGGGGCAGAGCUACAGCUCUAGUCCGUGGGCAGAGGAAACCUGGUUACAGUUCUGGCAUCAAGCAAGAUAACUGUUACUCCGAAUAUUCCACUGAAAAUUGCAAAGAAAUUUCGGAUCUAAAGUAUACAGCUUUGGAAUGCCAUUCACCAGGUAUGAGCUUUAUUUUGCAAUAUCUCAGUAGCAGUCUUCUUGUUUUCUAAUGUCACUAAACACCAUUUG